GUUGUGUGAGCUGAGGGGGGGCGGCGGCCGGCUGAUUGAAUCCAGCUGUCGGCGGAAGGGGGUCAGUUCAUUUGCAUUGUUAAGUAAUCCAGAGGAGCGCUGGAGUGGAGCAGAGGCAAGACGCUUCGGGAGGACGGAGCGACAGGAAUCAGGACUUUCUCCUUCAAGUUUUCUUCUUCUGCAAAGAUGUUGGCGUCUCUUCUGUUCAUCCUGCUGUGUCUUCACCCUUCACAUGGACAGACCUGCACCGAGGGGUUUGCAUUUGACCGUCGAGCCAGGCAGUGCAUAGAUGUGGACGAGUGCAGAACCCUGCCAGAUGCCUGCAGAGGAGACAUGCGCUGUGUCAACCAGAACGGCGGCUACCUGUGCAUCCCCAGGACCUUGUACAACCAGCCCUACAGGCCCGAGCCUCCUGUGCUGCCUGACCCCGUUUACCGGGAUUCGUCCCUCGGAUUCCCGGACACUUUUCUCCCCGCACCCCCGAGAUCAGUGGAGCCCAGCUACCCGAGAGUGAGGAGCACGGCGCCCUGCGUCUUGGGAUACACGCUGGGAGAGGACGGCACUUGUCAGGACAUUGAUGAAUGUGAGACAAACUCUCAUCACUGUAACCCCACGCAGGUCUGCAUCAACACGGCGGGGGGAUACACCUGCUCCUGCACGGAAGGCUACUGGCUGAUAGGUGGACAGUGUCAGGAUAUCGAUGAGUGUCGCUAUGGUUACUGCCAGCAACUGUGUGCCAACGUCCCGGGGUCGUACUCCUGCUCCUGUAACCCGGGAUUUAACCUGAACCCGGACGGCAGGACCUGUGAAGACGUGGACGAGUGUGAGGAUGAGCCCUGCAGCCACGGCUGCUUCAACACCUACGGCUCCUUCAUGUGCAACUGCGACGAGGGCUUCGAGCUGGCCUCCGACGGCACCAACUGCAUCGACCUGGACGAGUGCAGCUUCUCCGAGUUCCUGUGCCAGCACAGAUGUGUCAACACGCCUGGAUCCUUCUCCUGCAUCUGCCCACCUGGAUAUUAUGUUUUUGAAGAUGGCAGGAGCUGUGAAGAUGACAAUGAAUGUGAGACUGGUAACAACACGUGUACAACAGCACAAGUAUGUUUCAAUUUCCAGGGAGGCUAUACCUGCCUGGACCCGUUACGCUGUCACUCUCCUUACAUCGAAGUCAGUGACAAUCAGUGCAUGUGCUCGGCUGAAAACCCUGCCUGCAGGGACAAACCCUUCACUAUUCUGUACCGACACAUGGACCUGUCCUCGGGUCGCACGGUGCCUGCUGACAUCUUCCAGAUGCAGGCCACCACUCGAUACCCGGGGGCCUUCUACAUCUUCCAGAUCAAGUCGGGCAACGAAGGACGAGAGUUUUACAUGAGACAAACCAGCAACGUCAGCGCCACCCUGGUCCUGUCCAGGCCCAUCAAGGGUCCCAGAGAGGUGGUCCUGGACCUGGAGAUGGUCACGGUCAACAAUGUCAUCAACUUCCGCGGCAGCUCCAUCAUCCGCCUGACGAUAUUCGUCUCCGAGCACCCUUUUUAAAACGGCUGACGUCAGCGUUGUCUUGGGGCUCAGCAUCACCUCUUAAAAUAAACGCCUGAAUCAUCUUUUCGGAUCAACUGACGGGAAUCCUCCUCCUCCUCAUCAUCACCACCCUGAGCUCGGUUCCUGCUCCUCCAUUAACACACUUGACACUUGAGCUCCUGCGAGUGGACUCCUUCCACUCCUUCGGAUAUUUAUGGUGUACAGUUUCUGAUGCAUCCUUGUGAUGAUAAAUCCUCUUUGUUGUCUGUGAAUCUUCAGAGAAGCUGUGACUCUUGUGUUCCAUCAUUCCUGCCAUCUGUUGUUCUGUAUCACAAGUCAUCGAUUAUUGAUCCACACUUUAAGAACAAUAAAUACCA